AAGAGGACGCCGGCAAGAAGACCAAUGGCAAGAAGGCGGCAUCUGAAGAGGAAGAGAACGAGGAGGACUACGAUGACCUCUGAAAAGGCUUCGUACGCCGCCUUCCCCUCGCUUCCUCUGCGAAUCUCUGCAAGCAUAGCCGAAAGAGACCUUUUUCUUUGGCAAGUCGUCGUUGUACUUUUCCCCUCUCAUUAGUCCCACAUGGCCGUGACAUUCUUAUUUCGCGCACCUUCAUUCUUGUGAUAUAUGACUCAUUCUCACCGCUCCAAUCAAUGGAAACAGAAUUCUCCCUUGAACGGAACCGAGUCUGCGCCACACUUUGUCAUUUCCGUCAUUCGGCGCAAGAAUGUAGUGACUGUACCACUGAUGUUUGUCGUCGUCGUCGUCGUCGUCGUCGUCUCUGGCUCUGGCUCUGGCUCUGGCUCUGGCUGAAAGGGGGAACAGGGCAAGGCGGGGGGUCAAAAUCGCGGAAUGAAGGGGCGCACUACCCUCCGAAUCGUUGGGCGUCGGCUUCACACAAUGUCACAGAGGCUUUUCGAUGCGUGUGGCGGAGGUGGGGAGCGGAGUAUGGAUUGCGGGCAAUGGUGAGAGCAAAGCAGAAGGCGAGGCAGGCAGGCACAGAGCCACACCAGCCGGGGCGGACGACGACGAGGCCUUUAGUGGUAAACGCACACACACGCACAGGCGGACGGCGGAUUCUGUACCACUCACCACCACACGCAGGGCGCACUGCUCCCCUCCCCUCCCCCCCCCUUUGGCCCCUUCACCCCACCUCGUCCACUGGACUACCACCAUCGUCAUACUCGCACAUCCUCGACCAUCAUACCCGUCACUGGACACUCAUACCAUUCACUACAGUCACACCCUCAGUACCCACCCCUUGCCUCGUCGCACUUCCGCCUCAACCCCUCGUCUCCUCUAGACUUGCGCACGAUCACCUCGCCUCGUCCCACUCCACUACACCAUCAGCAGCAUUUACUCAGGGGUACACACUCACGGGCACUGCCAGCCGCCCUCUACCGCCGCCGUUCGGCAAGUAGAAGGUCGCAUCACAGUCUACCUUCAACGUCGCAUCGACUCCA